AAGACGGAACCGGAUUACGAAACAGGAGUCAAGGUAACGCAAUGGACCAAAGAUAUGAAAAUGAACCCUGAGGAAUUGGGUAACUACUUCGAGGGAGAUAUCAUGAUUUCAAAUAGCACCACAAGAAACGGUGAUACUAAGGCAAAGCGUUGGCCUGGUGGCAUUAUUCCCUACACAAUUACUGGUAGCUACACUAAGGCUGAAAGUAACAAUAUAAUUGGUGGGAUAAACGAAAUUAAUAUGAAAUUAAAAGGAUGCAUACGACUUGUAAAAAGGACGAAUCAAAUCAAUUAUAUUAAUAUUAAAAGCGAAAAUGUUGGAUGCCGGAGCCCGAUUGGCAUGCAAGGCACAGGUGAACAAGAGGUGAACUUGCAUAACGGUUGUGCGCAUACUAUAGGAACCCCCAUGCAUGAGAUCACUCAUGCUAUGGGCUUUUGGCACGAACAAUCUAGAUACGACCGAGAUUCUUACGUGAAAAUUAAAUUGGAAAAUGUUGAAAAAGGACACGAGAAAAAUUUUGAGAAGGCUCGAAAGGGGCGGCUCUAUGCUUAUGGAGUUCCUUAUGAUUACGGCAGCGUGAUGCAUUACUCAGCAUACGCGUUUGCCAAAGAUAAGAGCAAACCAACCAUUGUUACAACGGAUAAAAAUGCACAAGAACAAAUCGGUCAGAGAAAAGGCUAUAGCAGGUCAGACAUUAUAAAAAUCAAGAGAAUGUACGGAUGCAAAUAAUUUGAUUGCAAUUGGCAUUUAUAUCAAAGAUUAUACUGAUGAAAAAAAUAGUUUUAAUAUAUAUAUAUAAUAGCUUUCUCUAAUGUAUUAAGAAAAUUCUAAAUUAAAAAUAUUUAAGAAAAAUUUAUAUGUUAUGAAGAAAUAAAGAAAAUUUAGCACUGUGUAUAAAACAUAUAACUAAUUAUAAGUCUUCUUUUCUAUGUUAUUGGCAAACGUAAUUUGUAUUAUUAAUAAGUAUUAAUCUUGAUUAAAUAUUAUAAAUGUACUUGUGUUUCUCGUGUACGGAUGUACAUGUAGAGUAAUAAACAUUUAGUCAUGCAACAAA